CUGAGUGACACCCAACAUGUUUAAAUGAAAUAUAUAUAUUAUAUUUUGUUUAUAUUAAAAAGAUAUAGUAGAGGUUCUUCAAAACGGCAACGUGUGGGGGAGGGAUCAACAAAAUUUUAAAUUUUAAAAUGAGCAAAAAAUACAAGCUCACUUCAGAAAGUAAACCUUCUAUCCAAGGAGCUGGUGGAAGAAUACCUUUGGAGGAUCUUCAUGAACAUGAUCAACAAAGUUUGGUAAAAUCUGGGACCCCAAUAAAUAACAAAGAUCCCUCCCCCAACCCUGGCUCGAGUUCUUGUUUAUCUGUUGGUGAUGGCGUAACUAUUCAGAACGAAGGCCAGCAGCAGGAGGAGCCUGGAAGUCCGGAGAAUAAUAUGGAAUUAUAUGAAAUAAUCAAACAUGUUACGCAAAAUAAGUAUCCUAAUUUUUUAAAUGAAAUAAAUGUGAAUAAUUAUAAUGAAAUAAAAGAGAAAAUCGACAGUUUCAUAGAAGAAAUAUCUAUAUUAAUAAAUCCUGACAAAUUAAAAUAUUCCGACAAAUCAAACAUCUUUAAACGUGUGAUGGAUGACUGGAAAAAAUUACAGGAAGCAGAAAAUCCCAUUUGUACGUUUUUGUGUCGAUGUUUAAAAAGGAUUCCCAAAUUAAAGACAUCUAUAAUAAUAUUGCUAGUACGGAACUUGAUUUGGCCUCAAAGAGCAAUAAAUAGUAAAAUUUCAAUUUGUCCUGAUAAAUUUAGGGACCCAUUAUUUAACCACUAUUUAAACACUGGAGAAAAAAAUAAAAUAAACCAGUAUGGAUUUUAUUUGAUUUUGAUGAAAGAUGGUACCCUAUUUAUUUCUGAAAAAAUUCCCCAAGAUUCAAAAAACCAAAUCCAUACUGAAGAAUUUAUAAUUAAAAAAUUGGUUGAAUUUCUAUCAAAAAAUGGAAACAAGGUAAAAAAAAUUUUUAUAUAUUCAUAUAAUAGCCCGUGUUUAAAAAGGACUGACAAAAAAAACCCUUGUAUGUUUCAGCUUUUGCGCAAAGCUUGUGAAUGGUACGAGAAGUAUCAAAUCUUCACUGAUGUUGCAUUCACACAUCCCUAUGGCAUAUGUGGUCCAAACUAUUUUAAUUAUCUUACAUUUGACGAAAUCUCAUCUCCCAACAGUGGUUUUAAUUCUUAUAUUGAAAAAUGUAAAAACACUAAAAGUGAAUUGGAAAAUCAAAACUUAUCAAAACUUAUCCAAAGGAAGCUCAUCAAGGCAUUGGAUAAAGAGAAAAUUGAUAAAAAGACACUUAAAAAUGAUAUUCAAACCGCAUGCAAUUUUUUAGAGGCAAUAAGUUCAUUUGAUCUGCUUAAAAAGUUCUUGGUCAGUGGAUGGGAAACUCAUCACGUUUCCUUCAAAUCGCCACCAGAAGUACAGGCAGAAAUCUAUAAAAUACUGAAGGAGAACAACACUUUUAUGCAAUCAAUGAAAAAGUGCAUUAGAGAAGAUUUAAACAAUGCGAUCUCUUUUGUUUUUAGAAAGAAAUUGGAGUCAAUUCUAGGAAGCAGAGGCUUCUUCCGCCUUCACCACAUUCCUCACAGUUUUCUCUGUUAAUUGAAUAACCAAUACAACAAAUGCAUUUACAGAAUACUCACUGCUAUUUGGAUGUAUUUGGAGGAUUAAUUAGCAUGUUAUGUAAUUUCACAGCUAUCCAGUUGUUUUACUGUCAUCCUUCUAGCUCCUUGUAUUCAGUCCCCCUUUGCUUUAUUAAAACUUUCCUGUAAAACAACCACUUUUUGGCAUCUUAUGUUGUCUUUUGAGCUUUGGAUUGAGGGCACCAUAAGAUAAAGACUGUUGGACACUAUAAGAAUACAAUUUAGUACUGAUAUUUGUUUCCUCUUCAAAGUGUACAUCAUCUGUCUGUUUACAGAAUCAAAACAGUGACAAAGAUCAAAGUCAUGGUUAGAAUUCAAACCCAAACCCACCAAUUAACUAAACUAAGAGAGAGGGUGAGCUUCCACAGUGAGCUACCAGAGAUUGCAGUCUUCGAUGUAUAAAUAAAAGAAAAUAAAUAAAAUACAAAUUUUAAAAAGUUGUUAAAAAACAGUUUAAAUAGUUUGUUGUCAAAGUUUCAGCCAAAACAUUAUCCUCCUAGGACCUGGCGUCCACAUAUAUGGACAUCACAUUUUGGGUUGUCUAGACCAAAAUACUAAAUUCUGCUCUACAAGUGCCUGAUAUCUACUUACAAGAACAUUAUACUGCCACUGUCCUAUGGAAAU